GCAGGUAUAUGAGCCACUGCAGGAAAACCUCCUUCCACAAGCAAGAGAAAACUUACCGCACAUCACACAACACACAUUUACAGGUGAGCCAAUGGGGUCCUGGUCUUUGCUUGUGUUGAGCCUCCUGGGGAUGUUGUGUGUGGAGCCCGGGUUUGGACAGAGAGGCGACGUGGACCUGGGGGAGUGGAUGAGAGCUCAAGAGAAGCUGACUAAGGAUUUACUGGAGAAUCAGAGACGUGUAGAAACCCAACAGCAGGAUCUUGAAGCCCUGGAGGCCCGGCUCAAUGCGACUGUUCACCAGCUGAUGGGGCAGAAGGCCGACAUAGACCAACUGAAGGAGGAGAACAAAGACCUGCAAACACGACUGAACGCCUCAGAGAUGGAGAUUGAUAAGCUGAAACAGAGCGGUGGUAAAGCCGCUCCUCAGAUCGCAUUCUCGGCCUCUCUGUCAAACUCGGGGGAGAUUUACAGCGGACCCUGCACAGACAAGUCUCUCAUUUUUAAAAGAGUCUUCUCAAACACCGGCGACGCCUACGAUCACAAUACAGGAAUCUUCACGGCGCCUGUCGGUGGCUCCUACUUCUUCAGCUUCAGCACCUACGGCUACAACACCCACGUGAUGGGCGCCAUGUUGAUGAAGAACGGCCUCCUGCAGAUUUCCACCCAUGAAAGCCCGACAGCCGACGGCUCGGACAGCAGCAGUAACGCUGCUGUGCUGCGCCUGGCGGCCGGCGACAGGGUGCACGUGGAGCUGUGGGACAACGGCAGAGUGUUCGAUAACCUGAACGGACACACCACCUUCUGUGGGUUUCUCCUCUUCCCCAUGUAG